AUGGCGUCGACUUCGAGGCAUGUUUCGGUCGUCUUCCUCCUUCUCGCCGUCCUGAUCGGGUUCCUCUCCGCCUCCGUCUCCGCCGGAAGGCCCUGUAAGACUCUCUUCAUCUCCUCCUACACCGUCUCCCUCAAGCCUCUCCACUCCUUCCGCUACCCUAACCCUAAUUUCGGUCGUCGCUCGGCGGGAUUCGUGGCAAUCGUCACCGAAAUCGGCCAUCAGAGCUCCUCGGAGUCCUCGUCCAACAUGAUCAGCGACCGCGCCGUCUUCCCUGGCCUCGAAUUCGGGAAUCACGUCGCUGCUGGUGGCUCGCGAUUCGUCCACCGGCGGGAGCGGCAGCAAGAGGAUCAGCUGGGCUUCGCCCGUCUCCACCCCUUCGGGCUUUCAUCCCACGAAAUCAGCUCCCUCCGAGACCGUACUAAGGAUAUCCUAAGCGUGGUUGUGGCUCUGCUCUUUGGCGUGGGCUGUGGAGCUCUCACUGCCGCCACCAUGUACCUGGUCUGGUCGCUCUUUGCCGUCCGCUCUGCUGCCUACUACGACGAAUUGUACGACGAUGAUGAGGAAGAGGAAGAAGUUGCGUCGCCUAAGAAGAUGGGUUAUGUUAAAAUCCCCGAAGCUGAGAAAGUGGCUGCCCCUGCUAAAGCUGUGGUAUGA